GGCAUUACCAUAAGGUUCAAAUGUGUUUUUUUUGCUCCAAGCAGAUAUUAAAAAAAAUUAUUUUAGUCAAAAAUGAUUCUUUUGAUAGUUAAGGUUGCUGACCCCUGACCUAGGGGGGAAAACAACAACAACAACAAAAAAAAACCACACUACAGAUAGUCUUACCUGGCUGUGAACAGUUUCUUAUACAAAAUAAAAUGCUUCUUUAAAAUGUGAGUGUGUUUUAACUAAAGUGACGCAGCAUGUUGUCAGACAUGCAAGGACACAUCUCAUCCUGUCCCUCCAUCAGGAGACAGUCAGCACAGCAGCACUCACACUGCAUCUAUGACAGUGUGUCCGCGUGCUUCCGCACAACAGCAGGUCAGCUGAUUGAAACGGCACGCGGAAACUGUAAAGUCAAUUGCAAAGCGCCAGUUGCUCUCCAAAGUUAGCGGGCUACAUCCACAAACACCACCAUUUCAUGUUAACACCAGCGGGUUCCUUACGUGAGCGGGACUUUGGAUAUUAACACAGAUAGCGUGUCUUAUAAACACACUCACCGAGCUGUCAGCCUCAGGAGAAAGUUAUGGCACAGGACGAGUCGCUGGUCUCCUUGAAUGGGACUCAAAUUUCCUACAUUGGAAAUGACUGCAAGGACAUCCCAGACUUCCUCGGAGACAUGUACGGCAACUUUGCAAAAAGGCUGGAUCUCAGUUUCAAUCAGCUCAGGUCACUGGCGGGCCUCAAAAUGUUCACCGAGCUGGAAGAGCUGGUCGUUGACAACAAUCUGCUUGGAAAUGACCUCCGGUUGCCCAGGUUACCCAACCUCCACACCUUAACACUCAAUAAGAACCAACUGACUGAUAUCGAGGCCCUGCUGGAACACUUGGCUGAUGUGACCCCGUCACUGGAGUACCUGAGCCUGCUGGGAAAUGAGGCCUGCCCCAACCAGCUGGUCAGCCCGGAUAAGGAUGAGGACGACUACCAGAGAUACAGGUACUUUGUUCUGCACAAGUUGCCCCAGCUGAAGUUUCUGGACAGCAGGAAGGUAACCAAAAAAGAAGUGACGGAGGCGCAGGCGAGAGGAGCAUUCAUGAAAGUGGUCAAACCAAAGUCGGAAGCUCCGUCUAAUGAAGCUGGGUCUGAGAGUCACCCACUGCCCUACACUCCUUUGCCUCGAGGAUCCAGAGAUGCCAAGAACCACAAAGGGGUAUUCGCCAAGUGUCGCUACGUCUACUAUGGCAAGCACUCAGAAGGCAACAGAUUCAUCCGAAAUGACCAACUCUGAUGGACAGCUGGUCCGGCAUAAAGAGGGACAUGAGUGACAAAGGAUGUGAACAGAAGGAAAGAGGAUCAAAUCUGUCACUUAUUUAUUGAAACCACUGGUGAUAUGUGAGUCUACUGAUCUCCCACUGGUAGAAAGAUUUAAACGUCAUCAAAAAAAGUUUGUUAUGUCAGGGGAACGGGUUUUUUAAAGUUUCUAUUCCAGCCCCAUAGUUAUGGCCUCCGCUGCUGAGCUGGGUCUGCUUCUGCCUCUCUGCUUCCAGCUCAGAGUCAGAGUCAGAGAUGACACUCCCACUGACAUGAUUGCCUCUAAGCAUCAGCAACCGCACAACUCCAGACACACACAACACACACAACACACACAACACACACACGCACACACACACACGCAAGGACAGUCUCUCUCUUACACACUGUCAGUGACAAACACACCCAGCCAAUUGCAUCCUUUUCUUUGACAGACAUGAUGGAUCACCCGUCCACUACCGCCACUAAUCAAGGGUGAAAGGGGUGAUGGUCACACACCUGGGGCCUGACAUGGACUCAUCUCUCUCUCGCUUCUCUCUCUCUUUACACACACACACACACAUAUAUAGAACUGCUGUUUAAAGCAUUAAGACAUUGCAAAGAGUUUGACAGAACAGCCUGUUUUAACAUUCCAAAGAAUUUCAGUCCAGACCUGAGGCAUGAUCAGUCUGUUUUGUUUAGCUUGUGGCAAUCUGCAGAAUCCUUUGCCUUUUUUGCUUGAAUUUUAUUGAAUGAAUUUUAUGUUUGUGUCUCUUAGAAAAGAAUGAGAAACUGUCCCCUUUAAAGUCAGACAUGUCUGAUAUCUUAGCAAUGAUUUGGUCAGUUUCUGUUGCACGUAGGGCUGCUCCCGAAUAGUCGACCAAACGUUAGUCGACCAGAAAGGUUAUUAGUCGACAGGAUUUUAUUGGUCACUUAUACAAAGAAAAACAUGAAGCUCUAUUAGGAGCUGCGCCUUGUCAAAAUAAGUCAAAACCUUUAUGACUGGACUGUGUGUGGGAAUUUAAUUUGAAAGGACAGACACAGGAAGUGUCCACACCCAGCAGUCAGACAGGAGUCACAUUAAUUUCCAGGGCUGGUACCUGUGGUUAUUCCACAGGCUAGUUAAUAACAUGUUGGGCAGGAAAUCCAAAGUGUGGGAUCAUUUUGAGAAGGUGAAGGACGAACCCAAGGUGAUAUGUAAACUCAUCUUCAUUGGUCGACCACAAACAUGACGUAUCAUCUGAAACAUGUCAGUAGCUACAUGCCCAUUAGCCACUUAGCACAAUCAUUACUGCUUUGCCCACAGCGUCAUUAACAGGCGGCUCGCUCAGUGUGUGACGUGCACUUGUAGAUAAAAUAUAGGCCUAUAUUAAUGAAGGUUCAUUAGUACGAUUUUGUAUUUCUCUGUAAUGUAGCACAGUGUUAACAAUGUUACUGAUACUAUUCUUUCUCACACCCUCAACUCAAACCUCAAACUCAAAUUGUGUUGCCCCGCCCAAAAUAUAUAAUUUAGAAUAAUAUCACAAACAUGCGAGCGACUAGUACAACUUUUGGUCGACUAAGAAAACUCUUAGUCAGGGAGGUUGGGGGCAGCCCUAGUUGCAAGUGUGUAUGCGUUAGUACAUGUAUUAUUUUAUGGAUGAAAUGCAGCUUUAAAUGUCAAAAACAUUCCAAAUACCAGCUUUAAUGACGAACUGAGUUGUAACCAAGUAUGCAUUCCGGGUGUAUCAUUGUGUAUUUUAGCGCCAUUUUCUCAUGUUGUCUUUCCCACUGUGUUUCUUCAACCAGCUGACUACUUCAUACGGAAAUAUAUAAAAUAUAUGAAAGUAUUAUUAUAAACAAAAUAUAAAACGUAAUCUUCAGAACAAUCAAAUGCACUGUAGUUUUAUGUUUACAUUUUAUAAUACUUUUAUGAUCACUGUGUAAUGUGUUUAUCACAACCCAAGUCAAAGUUCUGCCAUCUUAGAUAAAGUUUCCCAGACAACCUUCCAAUCUGAAAAUUUGAUAUUGACAAUGUGAUAUAGCUGAUAUGAUAUACAACUGUAUAAGCUGGAUGUCUUCAAGAAAUUCAAAGGGUCAGCCAACGUGUCUCUGGUCAGAUUGAUGCAGAGCUGUAUUUACUCAGGUUAUAUCUGUCUGCUACCACAAUAAACUGUUUUCCUAAUGAUCAAAUGUUCAUCACAUUAAUGUUUUUCCUUUUAUAAAGUCUAUAGAGCCAAAAGAGCCAGUCAGCAUUUAUUAGCCCUGUGUUACUCAUCAUUACAACCCCAAAAGUGGUUAAGACGAUGUCCCUGACUGAGACAUUUCAGGUCAAGUCAUGAGGUUUGAUCAUAUUACCUCCUUCUUUAGAGGUGAAGUAGAUGUCUACACCAUGGUGAUGAGACUGAGAGGAGAGGCUCGCUGUUUCGGGAUUUGAAAGAAACCAUGUUGAGCUUCAGUCCAGCAUGUCAGUCAUCCACAAACAGAUGAAGGGAAAGGUCAGAGAUAGCCUCGUGCAAUGUUUGUUCACUAUGUUUAUUUCUUAUUUCUAUUAGCUUAAAGAUUGUGUGCGUGUGAGAGUAUGCGUGCUCACUCGCAUAAGCUUAUACACCACUUCCUACAGGACUGUGUGACCAUAUUCCGGCUGACAUGCCGUUCAGGAGCCUGGUCACUAGUGCCGGCGUUUCAAAAUGACAAGGUUUAUUUGUCUGUGUUUUGAUAUGCUCAGAGGAAACUGGGGCUGACAGCCGGAGGAGGUAGGAAGAGGGGAGCCACAACAAGUUCCCCCCCACACGACACAAAAUGUCAUCCUUCCCCUGGCUGCGGCGCGCGCCUAGCCAUCCUGCUGAAAAGAGCAGACAUUUAAAACUUUGUGACAUGUGUCACAGGCACUGCCAUUGAGCCAGUGCCACUGACAGAGCUGGAAUUGACAGGCCCCGAGCCACCGGAGCUGGCUGGGGGACACACCGAGUUUGGUGUGUGUCACUUCCUAUCCUCGUCAGGGACGCAUCCUGAGCUGCCACACCAACACAAACUGCAUUAUGG